AUGGAUGUUGACAUAAUGUUCACUAUUGGCUUUCUGAAUCGAGUUGUCUGGAACACCAGACAAGGCAAGCCAUUCUUCCCCAUCUACUUCAGCAGGUACGACCCACGAUCAAUUCAAACCAGGGACGAAGAAUCAACCCAACGUUUUGCAUUCGAUGAGCUUUUCGGAACGUGGCGAUAUUUUAGUUAUGGUAUCGUUGGAAUAUAUACAAGUGAUAUAUUAGAUGCGGGAAAUUUUGACAGGUCGCUGCAGGGCUGGGGGAUGGAAGAUGUGGAGUUUUAUCAUCAGUGCCUAAAGUCGAAGCUGCAGGUGUUCAGGUCUGUUGACCUAGAACCAGUACACUAUACCUGGCCGACUGCUGUUGGUUCCGGAAUAAUCAAGAUGCUGGGCUGGACAUCCGUAACCAUUAUCACUAAUCAUGAAACAGAAACAGAGGUGUCACUACUGGUGGAAUCCACUGACGCCAUGCCGCACACCAUUCUACGUGUUGGUCCCACUACAAAUCGGACGUUCCUCCAAGACUAUUUGAUGAGAGUGCAGCUGAUGCAAUCACGGCAUCACAACUACCUCGUCGUCUGUGGGCGGACCUGCAUCGCCGAUGUCCUCGAUGUGGUUAACAAUCUUGACGCCGAGUCCGGCUACAGAACAUUUACCCGCAGCCAGUCACGAUGGGUAGUGUUGGAGCCACCUGGUGGAUUUCCAAAUCUGACGUUACUGGGUGAUCAACUGGAUAACCUGGUUACGGUGAACCAGACGGGGGGUGAUAUUGACUUGUACACGCUGAUGUGGGCCCCCGGGGGCCGGGAGUGGCGCCAGAUCAACAUGGACGCAUGCAGGCAAAACUGUUCCCUAGCAUCUCAAAUAUUUCCUAACAGCUUUAUUGGUUAUAAUGGGAAACGCCUAACUGUUGCUCUGAUGGAGUGGAGACAGUUCAUCAUAAGAUACGUCUUAGUGGAACCUCCUGACCGACGCUGGGGUGUUGAGAUAAACGGCCACUGGGACGGCAUCGUACGUCAACUCAUAGACAGGGAGGUGGAUUUUACGAUUGCUCCCCUAGCAAUGUCAUCAGAACGCCAGCGAGUGAUCGACUUCCUUUCCACGCCUAUCUCAUACGAGUACUCUGACAUAGCAUUUAGGCGGCUCGACAAGCGAGUGUCAAAAUGGCGUCUUUUACUGGACUUGUUUCAUCCUAAAGUCUACCUAUGUCUGUCGGUGAACGUUGCUUUCCCAAUAGAAGCUCACCUUCUCCUCCUGCAGGUGAACGUUGCUUUCCCAAUAGAAGUUCACCUUCUCCUCCUCCUGCAGGUGAACGUUGCUAUCCCAAUAGAAGCUCACCUUCCUCCUUCUGUGAACGUUGCUAUCCCAAUAGAAGCUCAGCUCCUCCUGCAGGUGAACGUUGCUAUCCCAAUAGAAGCUCACCUUUCUCCUCCUGCAGAGGAAUAUUGUUGUCUCAACAGAAGCUCACCUUUCUCCUCCUGUGGACUUAUUCCUCAGUCAGGGUCCGGACGGAUGCUCAUUUCAUCGUGGUGCUUGUUCUCUGUGAUAAUGGCGUCCAUCUUCAGCGGUAAACUCAUAGCAACCCUCGCUGUCCCUAAGACACCAGCUCCCUUCCUCUCCCUGACAGAGAUGUUGAACACUGACUGGUACACGUGGGGGAUCGUCGGGGGAGAGGCCCAUCAGCAGUUUAUAUCGGAAUCAACAGAUGAUGUUCUCAUGAGGUUGUGGCAGGCUAUCACCGAGUCCAACAAGACCAGUUCUUCUGUAACAAGCAGUAAUGUUUCCAAGCACAUGGAUCAUGUGUUACGGGGCGAAUACGCUUUGGUUUAUACACGCUAUAAACAGGAGACCCCUUGGAGCUGUGACGUGGAUUUCCUGGGACAAAAAAUAGCCGUCUUCACUGCAAGCCUGGCGAUGCCGAAAAACUCGCCGAUUGCUCCAGAUUUUAAUAAGGUGUUGAUGGCUCUUACAGACCGAGGCAUCCUACAGAGGUUAGAGCGUAGAUGGUUGUCAGCAAGUAGCACAUGUGGCACAACCACAUCACGCACUCGAGAAGUGACGGAACAGGACCUUCAGAGCGCGUUCUAUACUCUCAUAAUAGGCAUCGUGUCAGCAUCUUUCGUUCUGGGCACCGAGGUACUAUACGUACGUAUUGUCAAGGCGUCCUAG